AGCCAUCCCAGGCCAUGCUGCGGAACAGCGUCUUCAAAUGAGCCCACCUGAGAAACACUGCGCAGCGGAAGAGCGUCAGUUUGCAUCUCUGCAAGAGAAGCAAGAGUCACCCUCUGCCCUUGUCUCUCUGAUGCAGAGACCCCCCACCGACCAGUCAGAGAAGGACCUUGCCCCUGAGGAGAAGGCUGAGGAGAAUGAAGACCCAGCCGCAGAAGGAGAGGAAGAGGAGGAAGAGCUAGAGACAGAGGAGGAGGAGAAGCAGGAAGAGCAAGUCCUGAUCACAGAAAAAGAGGAGGAGGUGGAGGACCUAGCCAUAAAAGAGGAGGAGGACUUGACCACAGAGGAAAAGGACGAGGCGGACAUAUCCGUAGAGGAGGAAAAGGAGGAGGAUGAGAACAUGUCUGCAGAAGAGGAAGAAGAGGAGGAGGAGGAGGAGAACGUGUCUGCAGAAGAGGAGGAGGUCAAGCACCUCUCCACAGAAGAGGAAGAGGACUUGACCACAGAGACGGAGGAGGAAGAAGAAGGUAAAAGAAGAGGAAGAAGAAGGUAAAGGAAGGACGUGGCCCUGGUGGAGGAACACCUGAUCAUGGAGCAAAAGGAAGAAGAGAAGGACCUGGCCAUGGAGCAGGAAGAGGAGCACCUGCCUGUGGAGGAAGAGGAGGAGGACCUGGCCACAGUAGUGGAGCACCUGGCCAUGGAGCAGGUGGAGAGGAGGAGGACCUGGCUACAGAGGAGGGAAAGGAGGACCUGAAUUAGCAGGAGGAGAAGGAAGAGGACCUGGCAAUGGAGGAGGACGAGGAUGUGGCCAUUCAGAAGAAAGAAGAGAAGGAAGAAGAGGUACUGGCUAUGGAGGGAAAGGAAGUGGAG